AUGCGACGAAAUCUUUACUUUUGCCCCCCUUCUGCCGAAAAUUCUACGGAUAAGAGAUCGGGCAAACCAAGAUUAAAAGAAGGGAAGAUGAAAGGGGCCAAAAGAACCCAGGCUCCUCUCCGAACCCCGAAAACUCCCUCGAGCAGCGCAUUCGAGGGUGUACGGUCAAUGGUUGUUCGACAUGAUAGUCCUGCAUGGAUUGCGCAAUAUGCUGAUUUAUGUGACGGCGAGGUAAUCGUCUUCGUCGGUCACAACGGUUUUGUUGAGAUAAGCGCGUCGAAACCAAUAGUCGCUGGAAAUGUGAAGCAUCCUAGCAGUUGA